AUGGCUACCCUCACUGUCCCCUACAACACUGCCAUGCAGCUUGGCUCUGGCUUCAAUUCCUAUACACAAACGCUAUGCAUUGAUCAUGCUGUCGUUCGUGACAGCGAGUUGGCCAUAGAAGUCAAGCCCAACAUCGAUUCCGAGAAGCACGUCGCACAAUCGGUCAUAUACAAGACAAGCGUGAUCGAUAAAACGACUGAUGUUACCGACAAUCUCAAUGUCAGCGGGGCUUUCAGCAUCAAAUAUGACCAGCUCAAAGUGGAGGGUAACGCCAAAUUCGUCGACACUGACAAGAUCAAAAACAGCGAUGUCAGCAUUAUGAUAUCUGUCAAGGUGGUAAAUCAGAGCAUAUAUGAUCAUCAGUUGCUCAAGUUCCAGCCGGUGUCUGGUAUCAAGGACUUGACAGCGCAACGUUUGAUUGAGGUGUACGGAGACUCUUUCAUAUCGGGUUGGCAGGAGGGAGGCGAGUUCUUGGCCAUCAUCAGUAUCAAAGCUAAGAAUAGAGAAGAUGCCCAGACAAUUGUUGGCGACGCUCGAAUGGCCUUCACCCGGAACAAGGACCUUCCUGAAAAUGCAGACAAAAAGGACAUAAAGGUCGAUCUGGACCUUAGAAUUGACAAACUGAAGAAGAACAUCACUGCCGAAAAUGAAGUAUCGGUCUCUGUAACCUGGACUGGCGGUGGUCAGCGUCUCAAACCAGGCGAGUGA